AUGCAGCUGGCCUUCUGUCGACUCCGGACUCAUCAGUGGUGUUUCAUCCUUUUCAACGUGGUGCUCUUCCACGUUUUGCUCUUUGGGGCAGACCUCAUGGAGGAGUAUUUCCUGAGAACCUUGCCUGCCCCCUACGCCGACGUGAAGGUCCAGGAAGCCAGGGAGAGAGCGCGGAAGUUAGAUCUGUCCUCCAUGAAGGCCAACAUCUCAAAGGCUUUCACCGUCAGCAGCUCUGAGGUCUGCUCGGGCAAAGAGGUCUUCCUGCUAGUCCUGGUCUUCAGCAAUCCUGAGAACAGCACAAGACGAGACACGAUCCGAGAAACAUGGGCUAAUCUUACACACGUCGGAGGUUACGGCACGCUGGUCUUGUUUGUCUUAGGGAAGCCAUCUUCCGAGGUAACUCAACUGGAGGUCACCAAGGAGUCGGAGACACAUCAGGACCUCAUUCAAGGUGUUUUUCUUGACUCACUGGGGAACCAGACACUGAAGAUUCUCGUGGCCAUGGAAUGGACCCUAACCUUCUGCCCCGCAGCCUGGUUCGUGCUCAAAACAGACGAGGAGAUGUUCGUCAACCUCCCAACUUUGGUUGAGUAUUUGCUGAAUCUAAGGAGCCAUCCCGAAGACCUCUACCUCGGGAGGCUGGUUCACCGAGAGAUGCCCGACAGAGACGCCGGAAGCCACGGCUUCGUCUCGCCGAGCCAAUACCCAGAAAAAUAUUAUCCCGAUUAUUGCAGCGCGUCAGCCUUCGUCCUCUCCCAAGACGUCGUGCGGAAGGUAUACGUCACGUCUAAAGAGGUUCCCCUUUCGUUGCCUCCUGGCGUUUUCGUGGGGAUUUGCGCACAAAAGGCCGGGGUCACCCCCGUACACAGUUCACGAUUUUCUGGGAGAAAACACAUCCAGUAUAACCGGUGCUGUUACAAGUUCAUUUUUACUUCCUCCGUGGCGAGAGGAAGCCAGCUUCUCCAGGAAUGGGAAGAGCUGAGGAACAGCAAAGACUGCUCAUUAUUACAAACUUACUAUGGACUAGUAUCUUGCAGAGUCAUGACAUACCUGGAUGGAUUUAAACACUUCAGCAUCGAUGCCCUUCAGAACGACGCGCUCCGUGUUUCUGAUUAA